GCCACGGCUGUUUGGGGUGUACGAUAUCUCAUAAGAGGGAAUUGUAGGGGUUUAGUCUAAUGCCACGAAGAAAAGUACGAAGCAGGAGAUAGUCAACGCGAAGGAAUCCGAGGUCAAGGCAGACAGGUGAUUUCCAGAGACUAAUUGCCGGUGUAGCAUUUGUGUGCCAUCGUUCAUCGGGGGCUCCCUUGUAGCUUUAAUCCACCGGCCGUUUGAUCCAGAAGGAGGAAGGCACCCUCCAAUGGUGAAGGAGACAGAAUACUAUGACGUCCUGGGAAUCAGCCCCUCGGCGACCGAGGCAGAGAUUAAGAAAGCUUAUUACAUCAAGGCACGGCAGGUCCAUCCAGAUAAAAACCCCAAUGAUCCUCUUGCUGCACAAAAUUUUCAGGUUUUGGGGGAGGCUUACCAAGUAUUGAGUGAUCCAUCCCAGCGGCAGGCUUAUGAUGCUCAUGGGAAGUCAGGAAUUUCAACAGAUUCCAUUAUUGAACCUGCAGCAAUAUUUGCAAUGCUUUUCGGUAGUGAGCUUUUUGAGGAAUACAUAGGCCAGCUUGCAAUGGCCUCAAUGGCUUCACUGGACAUUUUUACAGAAGGCGAACAGUUUGAUGCUAAAAAGUUGCAAGAAAAAAUGAGGGUUGUUCAAAAAGAAAGAGAAGAAAAACUUGCUGACAUACUGAAGGACCGAUUAAACCAAUAUGUUCAAGGGAACAAAGAGGAUUUUGUUAAUCAUGCUGAAGCUGAAUUAUCAAGGCUCUCAAAUGCAGCUUAUGGUGUUGAUAUGUUGAAUACAAUUGGCUAUAUAUAUGCAAGACAGGCGGCUAAAGAGCUUGGGAAGAAGGCGAUAUAUUUGGGUGUGCCGUUCAUUGCUGAGUGGUUCAGAAACAAAGGCCACUUCAUAAAAUCCCAAGUAACUGCAGCAACUGGUGCUAUUGCUUUGAUUCAACUGCAAGAGGACAUGAAGAAGCAGCUGAGUGCAGAAGGAAACUAUACGGAGGAAGAGCUUGAAGAAUACAUGCAAUCUCACAAAAAGCUAAUGAUUGAUUCUCUGUGGAAGCUUAAUGUAGCUGAUAUUGAAGCUACUCUUUCUCGUGUUUGUCAGAUGGUUCUUCAAGAUAACAAUUGCAAGAAAGAGGAGCUUCGUGCACGGGCAAAGGGAUUGAAGACUCUGGGAAAAAUUUUCCAGAGGGUUAAAUCAUCCAAUGGGAAUGAGGAUGAAGCUAUGCUAAACAGUGCAGUCCAUAAACUGAAUGGAAGUGAACCAAGCCAUGAUGCUUGUUCUCCUAGUACCUCACCAAAAUCUUCAAACCUUGAGGAGCAGUCUUAUACUGCAUUUGCAUCACAGUUCCAGAGCCCGUAUGUGGAGGCUCCCCAAUUUGCAGGUGCUCAGUAUAACUACAGUAAUUUUCCAAUGCCGACAGCUCCGCCUGGUGCCCAGAGAGAUUCUUCAACAGGCAGAGAGUGAAGGUGAAAAAAAAAUUGAUCUCAUUUGGGAAUUGCCUGUAGUACGACACUUAUUUGAUGUAUCAUUACUGUUAUUGGUAUAGGGAGAGGGGUUUGAGGUUUCCUGUGUUGGAUACAUGUCUGUUAAGAAUAGAUAAUACCAUGCUGGGAUGCAUAUCUCUGGUUCAGGUGAGGAGACAUGCUGGCUGUAUUGUAUUUAUGGAAGACUCGUAUUUAUAUACAUAUAGAGAGGAAGAGAGAUUUGUAGAAGGGUAGUGUCUUUCGCUGUCACUCGUCAGCUACGAUUGGACUGCCUUGUGAUUUGAAUGUUGUAUUUUGUUGAA